AUGUUCAGACCCAAGAUCUCGGGGGUGGCUCGCAUGUUCUCUAAUCGGGGGUCUCAAUGUUUGCGACAACAACGACUCGAAGAGAUUCGUCGAAAUCCGAUAUCGUACCAGAUGCAACAGUUACGGUGUCAACAACAUUCGACGAAGAAGCAGAAUGCUUUCGUGGCAUUAUGGCGGGCGCAACCAUUCUCUGUUACGGCUGCUAUGGUAUUCAUUGCUAUCGGCGGCGGAGCUCUAUUGUAUACGAACUACUUCUAUCAUAAUUACAUCAUUGGGGCCUUUCACAAAUUUCCAGAGCCGGUUGCAAAACAAAUGCGCAAAGCUAUAUAUUUCACCAACAUUUCCUUGGAGCCCAAAAAUGCUGUCAAAUAUUACCUCGAAGCUCUUCGAGUCGCUGAGGAAAUUGGAAUGGAUCCAUUUUCAGAUGAAAUCAUUGGUGUCAAGGUUCAACUCGCGGCACUGCUAGAGAAGGUGCACAAUUAUCAAAGAGCUAUUGAUGUGCUGGAGAUUGUAAAGUCCGACAAUCUAAAGUGGAUGGAGGUAUUGGGCAACAAGCAAGGAAACGAAGCAAAAAGAACGAGAGUUCUCAUGUACACUGUUCGAGUCAGCGUCAAAUUAGGGGAGCUAUACGCCAACCAAUACGUUUUGGAGAAGGAGAAAGCUGAGGAGUCUCUUGUAUGGGCGGUGACGACUAUGAUGAAGGAGCAUCAGAGGCGCGAAAAAGAGGGAGUAAAACCCGAGGAAGGUGACUGGCUAUCACCUGAAGAGCAAGGUGCUGCCGUGGAAUCAUUGGCUCAUCAUUACGAGGAGGCAAACACACAUUAUCUGGCAGCACCAUUAUUCCUUCAAGCCAUCACCCUCUCUUCUCAGAAGACAUGCCAUACUGCUGUCCUCAUGAACAAUUUAUCCAUCUCGCUCGCGCAACAAGUGCCGCCACCAACACCUGGGCAGCCUCCAGCUUCUCGUGCGGAGUACGUCAGCAACGCGCGGGCAUGGGCAGAAAAAGCUGUCGCAAUAGCGAACUCUAUAACCCCGCCUGAAAGAACCGAAGAGUGCGACGUAGGUUGCGUUGUAGCAACUCACAAUUUAGGGGAAUUUGCGGAGAUGGAUGGUAACAUUGCAGAAGCUAGGAAACGAUUCGAAGAGGCAAAGAGUCUGGCCAAGGCAAUUGGCUUUCAAGAAGGGAUGAUCAGUUCCGAAGAUGCUCUUCGUCGAUUGGGAAGCCCCUAG